AUGUCACCCCUACAUCGCUCGAUACACACCUUUGUCCAGUCGCAGAUACGCCAUUGUCCAUCUGGAAGGGUUCAGCCCAGAUUCUCAUGCUUGGUGACGAAACAUACCUGCUUGCACCACAUCGUUCGCCCUCCUUGCCAGCCUCGAUAA